GAUAAACUUAUUAUAAUUCUUUUUCUAUUUUAAAUAGUAUCGAUUAUCAUAUGAUUCUUACACUAAAAUUAUAAGUCUUCCUAACCUAUACAUUGUUUGUUCUUAACCUGUAGAGGUUAGUAUAAUAAGUAGAACUGUGGACUAGACAUUAUAUGCCUCAAGAACAUUUGUUUGAGCAAAUUAUAUAAAAUUUAUUUAAAAACCUAACCUCGCUCUAUAUCUAAUGCGGAAAAUGGAAUACUUUGUACCAACUCGUUCCUCCGAAAUCAAGAAAAAUGCAGCUAAUGAUUAUACUUUCGUGAAAUAUGAAGCUCCAAAGAAAAAGACAAGAUCUGCUGCCGAUGAUGUGGAUGACAAGAGGAAGGAAAAGGAUAAACCGAAGCUAACACCUGCUGAAGUAAAAAAACAACAAGAAAAGGAGAUGAAAAAGGCACGGUAUGACGUCAUCAAAUUUGGUAUGUCUGGUUUUGAAAAAUCCAAAGCGAAGAAAGCGAAGGUUGAGCUUGCCAUUAGCUUAGGGGCAAUACCUCCUAAAAACAGAAGAAUGAAUUACAAUAACGUAAAAAGGCAGCGAAAAAAAGAGAAGGAGAAGGAGAAGAAAAAAGAACACAUUUCUGGACUUACAAGUAGCUUGCUUAAACGAAAUUCUAAGACUGUGCACAAGAGAGAUUCUGGCAUUUUGGGAGUUUACGGAAAGGUACCGAGGGAUAUCUUAUCUAAGAAGAAGAGCUGAACUUGUCGGCGAAUAUUUGAAAACUUAUUAGGAAUCUUUUGAAGAUAUUCAAAAGAUGUACGCGACGCAGAUUUAGAUAGAGAAUUGUGGAAGAAAGAUUGUAAGCAGAAAUAAAAACUUUUAUAUCUGUAAA